GAUGGGCUGUCUGUAUUGGGCUUGGUAGAUCUUGUGAGCCCAUCAUAUAAAACCCGAAUGACAAAGUCACCCAUUUUUCUUCAUUAUCUUCCCCCUUUAAACCCUAAAUAAACCCAGCUCAAAUUAUUGCACAUCCCAGUUGAAGUGUCUCCAUUUUACGAUUCUUGAGUUGAAUUUCGUAGCAUCUGAUUUUAAAUUGCAUCUCAAGGAGCUGACCUUUGAAGUGAGGUUUGUUGUGGUUCUACAUUUGCUUGAAAACACAUGGCUGAGAGACAUCCUGUUGAUCAACAGCAAACUCCUGAAUCACAAAUGCAAUCUCCUGCUUCAAAAGAUGACAUGAUUUCUUGUGUGAUGGCAUUAGAGGCUGCUUUGCUUCCCUGCUUGCCUGCACGAGAGCUCCAGGCAAUAGACCGUUCAGCCCAUCCUUAUCAUCAGAUUGAUGUUGAGAGGCAUGCGAGAGAUUUCAUGGAAGCAGCUAAAAAGCUUCAACUUUAUUUGAUUGGGUUGCAACGUGAGGACCUGCCGUCCAAGCCAGAUAUGGUUAGAAAGGAGAUUGCAAAAAUGGAAGAGGAGUUGAAAACAAAAACUGAGCUUAUGAGUAAGCAGGAGAGACUGAUCCAAGAAUGGAGGAAGGAGUUGAAGGACCAAUUAGACAAACACAACAUGGAGUUGGAAAGGGUGUAAACUACUACAGAGCUUAUAAGUAAGCAGGAAGAAGAGUUGAAAACAAAAACUGAGCUUAUUGUUUUCUCUUGAUCUCAUCCUGUAUUUGAAGGCGGUAGAUGGAAACCAGCUCACUACAGAGAUGUGUUGUUGUCACAACAACAACAAACCCAGUGUAAUCCCACGCGCAAGUGGGGCAAGAUGACUUGUUGCUAGUGUGUUUAAAUGACAGGUUGAGGGUAGGAUGAGCAUAGUUGGAGGACAACCUUGACACAAGGGGGGAUAAGUCCGAAGACAAAUAAUUCCUUGUUAAUGUAGCUCACUACGUAUUGUGUAGCUAUUGCAGCUGCAUUUGUCUCUGUAAUUUUCUCAACCCCGACGCCAAUUUCCAUACAUCUGAUUUAUAGAUGGAGGGUACAUUGUUGAGCUUUAUGUAUGCCUAACAUAUUAGAAGAGGUUCAGUAUGAUUGAGAACUUCGUCUUUUGGUUGCUAAGGGGCUAAUAAUGGCUAAUGUGCUAGGCUUUUGUCAUA